AUAGCCUGUGUACAAAGGAGAUCGAUAUCAGCAUGGCGGUAAAGGAGCGGCUUUAUUCAGCGUGAUUGGGAAUCAAGAUUAUUAUGGCUCAGAUUUUACAUUACAUAACGGGAAAGUGCAUUUCCAUCGAAGUGCAUUUUUCGCGACGCUUAGUAGCGUCCUGAAUGACUGUAAGAAUAGAAGGAGAAACACGACGUUGAACUUGCCGUUGUGACUGGAGGAAAAAAAAGAAAGGAAACGAAAAGGGAAGGAUUUGACAUUACAAUCGGCACUUGCAUUCGAAGUCCUCGGCCCCGGCACGUUGAAACGUGUAAACAAUCACCAUGGCAAAAGAGAUGAUGAUAGUAUUUGUUUAUGACACUGCAAGGUGUUGUAAAGAAGAUGAUGAUCCUGCAGAGGCAGUUAUGUAUUUUCAUCCUGCAUGGGUAUCUCUUACUCAAAGAUUAGCUCUAGCAGGACAAUUAAUGGCUGUUAAUCAGUUUCUUUCAUCAUCAUUUUCCAGUCCAAAAUCAAUCACAUUGCAAGGAGGAAAGUUUGUGCUAAAGAAAUUUGGACAGUACAUACUUGCAGUUGGAACUGAUAGGAAUAUUCAUGAUUGGAUUCUAGAGAGGCGUGCAAACACAUUAGAGUCAUUACUGAAAUUUUUUCAUUAUGACUUAAAUAAAAUAUUGGAAUCAUUUAACAAUGACAGAAAUAAGUUUACAGAAAAGCUUUAUCAAAUGUUUGAAACAUAUUUGCCAAUACUUCAAUAUAGUGCCAAUCUUUUCUCUAAUAUUCCUAUCAUUAAACUUCCAAAGGCUCCUGCAGAGAAAAUAUCAACAGAAUUUCAUUUACCUGUUGGAGUACAGUUAUUGCGAGUGUAUAUAGAGCAAAAACAGUUUGCAAAACUUUCACAAGAAGCAAAUAAUGAACGGUAUUAUAGUUCUUAUUUAGAUUCUGUAACAAAGAAAAUAUUUCAAAGAAAGAACAUGUCCAAGAAUAGUAAAGAACUUCCUUUGUCCGGAAUGAAACGUGAUACUUCUCGCAUUUUUACUGUACCUGAAGAAGGAGAAUUAGAUUCAUCACAGUACAACGAUAACAGUCACUACGUAUCCUCCGUUCCACUUACAGCUUAUAGUUCUCCAGUGAAACGUAAACAGGAAAGUAAAACAGACCGUCCUAAGUGUGUAAAUCCUUUGACUCCUAGCGUUUGCUCUACGCCUUUAAAAGAUAUUAAUAGAGUAUUACAUGGUAAUGCUAUGUUAAUAUGUAAUACAAACGAAGAUACAAAUAAUGAAGCAGAAGAGGAGAAAAAAGAAAUAAAGACAACCGUAGAUGAUAUCCCGGAUGUCGUUAAGGAAGCACUUAGAUGUAAACGUUUAAAUAAAUUAAGAAACGUCACUCCGAAAGAAAAAUUAGUUAAACGAAGAGAAUUUAAUAAGAGAAGCUUAAGUAUGCAUGAUUUAGAAUCGUCUAAUUUGUGCUCAAAUCGAAUAUCAAUAAGAACAUAUGGAUUAGGAUUAUCACAGUUAAAAGAAAGUGUGUCUCCUGAAGCUUCUCCUCAAAAGAAGUCUUCGAAUAAAAGGCAGUUUCAUACGAUUACCGAUCCAUGCUAUCCUGUAUUUCGAUGCGAUGGAUUACCAGUAUCUCAGUCUUUGUACGAUCAGUAUAUAUCAUCGCACUACGAAGAACUUAAGGACGAUCGAAAUAAUACAAUUAAUCGCAACGACUUUUUAACAAAUUUGUCCAACGAUUGCAAUAUGAAAAAUGUAACGAACAACUGUGAUACAGCGAUCAGUGAUAAUUUAGAAAAAUCAAGUAAUUCUCGUGACAUAAAAAUAGAUGGUAAAGUAAAACAAGAAACUUAUCGUAGAUCGAUGAGUCUUCCAUUGAAACCACUUAAUAUCACUGACAAUGAUGACAGACGAAAAUCAGCAUCGGAGUGCGGUAAUGUGUAUGAUUUUCUUCAAAAGAAGAAAUUGGAUGGUCUACAGUUAACGCCUCUUAUGUCUAAACUCAGUUUACUUGCUGACGAGAGAACUAGCGGUUUUUGUAGUAGGGAAACAACUCCCAGCGAAUUUCGUGAUUUAUCUGGCUUUUCGACUGCAACGAAUCAAAUCAUCAAGCAAAAAUUGGAAGCAGUUAAUAAAGAAACCGGUAGCGAUGGUGAGGAUGAAUUGGAAGAAGAUUGGGUAACUACUUCCAAGGAUGAAGCCUCUUUCGAGAAAACGGAGUUAUUUCUCUGCGGACAUCACAAUAUGGUGCUGGUAUUAUUAAUGGAAAAUGGAACUGCCAAUAAUCCUGAUCUUAUACACUUUCUCUGGCAGACUUGCAUGAAUACAUUAGGAAAACUUGAAGCAAGACUACAACAAUGUUUAGAGCCUUUGCCAUCAAAUGAAAAUAAGGAAUUAUAUAGUAUAUUAAAUAUUGAUCCUCAAUGGGAUACAAUAAAUCGUUCUGGACUUUGGGGUGUUACUGAAUUGGAUAUUGUUUCUUGCCUUCAUGAUAGGUUCACACAUGCCAGUAAUCUUACAGAUAUUAUUGUCAGAACGGAGGAUACCGUUGUUUAUGGUAACCAGUGUGGAAACGUAGAGGUAUUUUAUCAACAAGCAGUGGCUCCAAAUACCUCUGGAGGACUUCCAACUCCUGCAGAUUUAAUGGGGAUUGUGUCUCUUAAAGCAAAACGUAGACUGGAAAGAGACCAUGGAAUUGUAUUGCUAUAAAUAAUAAUUAUCUAUAAAUGCUUCCAUCACAAUUUCGUUCGGGAUUGAAUUAUUUUACUUAAUAUUUUGUUCCUUUUUUUAUAUUUCAUGGCAUGCCAAAUUAACAAUAAUGUACAACAUUUUGUACGUAUGUUAUCUAUGUAUAGUAGUAGAUACAUUUUUCUGAUAUUUUUAAUAAUAUUAAAUAGAAACAUUCUCUUUACCUUGUUACGUGAUAAUAGGUACAAGGGCAUUAAAAAUGAGAAUGAAAUCCUUCGUUUAGUAGUUAGCAUGUAACAGUAGUUAAAUUCUUAUUGCUAUAGCGACGAUUUUGAAAUAAUCGUAUACAUAUAAAUAUCACGUAUACAUCUUAACGUACAUGUACAUUUUUAGUAUUAUAUUUAUUUAAAACGUCCUGAGUGAGAAACAAUAAGUUCAAAUUUUCAUAUCUCUUUCCAAAAUUAAUAGGAUGAUUAAACAUUCCAUUAAUUUGAUCGACUAAGAAAAUCGACUUUUACGAUAAAAAAAAAAGUACUACAUAUUGAUAAAAUAUUACCAAAUUUUCUACACGUAUUUUUGUAAUAAAGAUCGCUAUUUGUAAUAAAAAGCGCUAUCGAGUAUGAUAAUUUAAGAAUUGGCUGUAAUCGAAGAAUUUUUAUAUUAUUCACAUGUACCAACCAUACAUACUAAACUGGUAUUGCUAUUUUCUCAAUCACAAAUGAUAUAUUUUAGUACGAAACAUUAAAUGUUUUAUUAAAAGCAUUUGUUCGGUAAUAAAUUUAUAUUGAACAAUAUCUUAGGUUUUAAUAUAAUAGUAUAAAAAAGAUAACAUUCUAAAUAUUUCAUCAUUAAAUUUUUUUCACAUUAUUAAACAUAAAUGAUGUUGUGUAAUAAAAUUUGCAAUUAAAAAUUUAUGUUAUAUAAAUAUAAAUGUAUAAACGUAUAAUAUUUAAAGAGUAAUUUCUAUCGUGUAUGGUUUUAAGAAAAGAUAAAAAUUCUUAAAAAUUUUUUUAAAAUUAAAAUACAGCUUUAAUAGCAUAAUAGAAUAACUUCUUCAAAUCCAAGCUUUCAAUGUUAGGUAGAAAAUAAAAUGAUUCUAGUAUUAUAUUGCUAUGUCCAAAUUAAGUGAUACUUAAUUAAAUAAUUUACUUGUCUAAGUAUUUAAACUAGAUUAUUAUGAAUAAAGGUUUUUAUUGCAACAAGGCAAUUAAUUGUUGUUUAUUGCUUAACUUUUUAAUAAUUCCAUAUUGUAUAAUGUAAAUCAAUUUAUAUUAUAUGUACUAUAAAUAUAAUUAGUUCUUUGUAUAUAAAUAUAUGUAAGAAAUGUCUGAUAAUUUAUUUAUACGAUUUAUAAAUAGCAAUAUAAUUCUUAAAUUUGUUAGCAUAAGUAGAUGAGCAACUAACAACAAUAUUAUUAAAAGAAAAUGUAUAACAUACCAAGUCAAUAUAUUAACAAAAGAGAAUAUUAAUAAGAUUAAUGUAAUUCCCAAGCCAGAAAAUGAGCGAUAAAAACUCAAUAAUAAUUAAAUAAUAUUAUGAUUUCAUUAUUUUCAAUAGUAUUUGUUAAAUAUUUAAAUUAAAUUUCUUUCGAAAACAUAAUUUUUUUAUUUAAUAAUUUUUACAUUUAUAAAUGUAAUUUUCUGUUAUAAUGAUGUAAGGAGAAUGUAAUUUAUAAGGAGAGUAUAAAAUCUAUCUCAAGUGUCUCUGUAUAAGGGAAUACUGUAUAAAUAAAAAUUAGACAAUUGUGUGUAAUUCAAAUUUAUAUUUUAUAUUGUUUAUAAUAAUAUACAAUGUUUAAAUUCUAAUACAUAUCUUUUGUACUAUAAUUACAAAUAAUUUUAUCUAGUCAGUUAUGUGUUGCUGGGAACUAUGAAUAUUCCACAUGAAACACUUUGUCUUAUUUAUAUCUUAUUCAAGCUAGAUAUUAAUUCAUGAAUAACAUAAGACGUACAUACAGUAAAACAUGAACAACAAGAAACUGUAAUGUCAUUGAUAUACUUUAAUUGAAUAAAAAUCAUAAUUGAAAUACAAUGUUUGAACACUUG